AUGUCGCUCCCGUCGGUCCUCACCUGGCUCCUCGUGCCUCUUCUGGGCAUCUAUGCCAUGGCCUCUGCGAUUCCCCCGGUUCACGAUCUCGUUCUUGAACAGCAGCCAGGAAGAAACGAGCAGCUACCAACCCCCACGCCAGUGCCAAAUCUUAUCACAACACCCUCGACCGUGCAAAUCCAACUCGAUUCCGAUCGCAGACUUCCAACCCGAAAUGGCGAUCCCUAUGGAUUAUCCGAUUUCGGAAUCGACCCGGCACACGUCACGCGCAAAGAACUAGAUGCCCUUCGUGAAGCUGGUGCUAUCCCGAGCUUGCUGGAUCUCGAGAGCAACUCACAUGAAACUUCCUUCAGCGACGACGAGUCAUAUCUCCCCGACUUCUACCCCCUGCUCAAGCUGUGCCUUCUCGGCGCGACGGCCGUGGGCGUAUUAAGUGCCAUGGUGCACUUUAAAGAGCGAUGA